CUUCAUCUGCUCUUCAUAGUAUUUUGACCUUCAAAAGCAAUCUUCACAUACAGAUACAGUACCAAACAAACACCUUUCAGACCCAAGUAUCUCUCUCUCUUUUGAUCAUUUCUAAUUUAGGCUUUUCAAAUUAGGAUUUACUUGGGUUUUGGGCAGCCAUGGAUUCUUUUAAAAAAAUACCUGCAGCUUGUGCUUCCAAUGUGGUUGUUUACUUGAUGCUUGUUUGGUCCAAGGCCAUGGACUGCUACUUACUGCCCAUGUUGAGAUUUCCUCUGUUGAUCCUCCAUGGCUUCUUCAAACGUUGGCUGAUUAAGGCCAUGACCCUGCAAAUUGAAGAGUACCAUGGUACAAGUACUAGAAAUAAAGUUUAUGAUGCUUCUGCGCUUUACUUGCAGAGCAAGAUCAGCCCUUCAACUCAGAUUCUGAAGAUUUCACAAACUUGGAGAGAGACUAGUUUAACUGUCAACUUUGCAAACAACCAAGAGUUUGAUGACAUGUAUGAAGGAGUUCCGCUGAAAUGGAAAUUCAAUUCCAUGUCAAAGAGAUCCAGUAGUUCUAGCACUUCCUCAGCUUUCAAGCCAGAGCAAAAGCAACACUUUGAGCUUGUAUUUGACUUGCAGCACAAGGAAAAGGUAAUAAAUUUGUACUUGCCUUAUGUUUUAGAGACAUUUGAGGCUAUGAAAAACGAAAGGAAGAUUGUCAAGCUCCAUACACUUGUGAGAAUAGAUGCUUUUAAAAUAAGAUGGGAGGCAAUCAAUCUCGAACACCCCGCAACAUUCCAGACGGUAGCCAUGGAACCAGAGCUGAAGAAAACGGUUUUGGAGGACUUGGACAGGUUUGUUAAGAGGAAAGAGUUCUAUCAAAGUGUGGGAAGGGCUUGGAAGCGUGGGUACCUUCUAUAUGGUCCUCCAGGCACUGGGAAAUCAUCCCUAAUAGCUGCCAUGGCUAAUUACCUCAAGUUUGAUGUUUAUGAUUUGCAACUCACACAUUUGAAAACAGAUAUGGAACUGAGAAAAGUAUUGCUGUCAACAUCAAACAAGUCGAUCCUUGUUAUUGAGGAUAUAGAUUGUAGCCAGCCGGGGGUGCAAGAUCGAAAAAAUGCUAAUGGCAUCAGAAAGCCUGAGUUAGAAGGCAAUCAGCUUACACUAUCUGGACUGCUAAACUUCAUAGAUGGGCUUUGGUCAAGUUGUGGAGAGGAGAGAAUCGUUGUGUUCACUACCAAUCACAAGAGCAAGCUUGACCCUGCAUUGCUGCGUUCGGGACGAAUGGACUUGCACAUCCACAUGUCGUAUUGCACCUACGAAGGCUUCAAAAGUUUGGCUUUUAAUUACCUCUCCACAACUUGUGAACAGAAGCACCUUUUGUUUGAGGAGAUUGAAAGCCUUCUGAAGAAAACAAAGGUCACUCCUGCACAAGUGGCAGAGCAGCUGAUGAAGAGUGAGGAGCCUGAAGUUGCUCUUCAAGGUUUAAUCACACUGUUAAAGCAAAAGAAAAACCAAGGGAAAGAUGAGUAUCAGGAAGAAGAUGAAUAUGAAGGUGAAAACAAACAAUUAACAUAUUUUAUUUAGUAAGAGAGAAACAAUUGGGCAUAUUGUUUUCGGAAAAACAUGUAAU